AUGGGAUUAGAUUCGGCGAAAAUCGCGACAGCUACAAGUGUAGUUCUAAGCAUCUCAGUCAUCGCAUUUUGUGCCUAUUUUGCCACGUCGGUUUGCGAUGAUAUUAAUGAGUUUUUGGAUGAAUCGUUGGUUCAGUUUAAGAUUGGACAGGUGAGAAAUUUUUUUUUUUUGAUAGAUCUACAUCAACUUUUUUGAAUUUCUGAAUUUGGGGAAAAAACUUUGAGAUUACUGUAUUCAAAAAAAAUGAGAUCUGGAAUUUGUUUUUUCUGGAAACUUCUCUAAAACAGUUCAAAAUCUACAGGAUUACUGUAGAAAGGUAGAAGUAAAAAAUACUCUGAUCCCUGAAAAUUCUCAAAAAAAAAUAAACGAGUGCCAUAAGUACAGUAAUCCUGGGAAUAAAAGUACAGUAACCCAGCGGAUAUAAGUACAGUAAUCCUGCACAGUAAUUCUUUGAGAUCACAGAUUACUGUAGCUGUGUUUUGUUUCUUCCAAGUGAAUAGGUUGAUUUUUGAAGUAAUGAGAUUACUGUAGGUUACUGUAGGUUUGGAUGAAUCGUUGGUUCAGUUUAAGAUUGGACAGGUGAAAAAUUUUUUUUUGUGACGAAAAAAUGAGAUCUGGAAUUGUUUUUUUUUUGUUUUCUGAAACAGUGAAACCGAAAAUUGUGCCAAAAAUUCCAAAAAAUGGAUCAAUUUUGUGCCAAAAAUGCUGAAAAUCCGCAAAACCGCUGGAAAUCAAUAAUUUCAGCAUUUUCAGCACAAUCUAGAAAAAUAUGUUUUCACAGAUCCAUUUUUUCGGAAUUUUUGGCACAAUUUCCUACAGUACCCUCAGUGAGAUCAAAAAAAUUAAAUUUUGAAAUUUCUUCCAAAUCUACAGGAUUACUGUACUUAUCCAGGGAAAUUUUAAAAAAAGUGAAGUCUGAAAUUAUAUUGAACCUACAGUAAUCUCAACCUAUUCACUUGGGGAAGAAACACAGCUACAGUAAUCUGUAAUUUCAAAGAAUUACUGUGCAGGAUUACUAUACCUAUAUCCACAGGAUUACUGUACUUUUAUUUCCAGGAUUACUGUACUUAUAUUCACAGGAUUACUGUACUUUUAUUUCCAGGAUUACUGUACUUUUAUUCUCUGGAUUACUGUACUUUUAUUUCCAGGAUUACUGUACUUUUGUUCACGAAUUUUCUGGGAACAGAGUAUUUUUUUUCACUUCUGAAACUCGGGACAUUCUAAAAUUAUAUUGAACCUACAGUAAUCUCGUCACUUAAAAAAAAUCCACUUGACUACAGUAAUUUCUAUUUUUGAAUUUCCAGGAUCAAACCGACGAUGCUUGGAGAGAAAUAACUUACCUCAACUCCAAAACCAUCACAAAAAAAUCUCCCUUCAUUUCAACAUCCCGUGCAAAACGUCACGAUCUCCCAUCACACUGUAAUUGUCUGGCUCAAUCGACAUGCCCUCCAGGUCCACCGGGCCCUUCUGGGCCUGCCGGAUUAGACGGGCAACCGGGAGAGCCCGGAAUUCCUGGGCCGAAUGGAAUGUCGGCGCUGGAUAUGGUCAAGAUUAUGAGAAAUGAUGAUAGUUGUAUCAAGUGCCCGGCUGGUCGUAAGUUUUGGGAUUUUUUUGAGAAUUUCAAAAAAAAUCGAUAUUUUUUGCAGCUCCUGGGCCUGCUGGACUUCCUGGAAAUAUCGGACAACCCGGGGAACCUGGAAAAGACGGACAGCCUGGUCGUGGAGGUGGCCAAGGCCCCCCAGGCCCUCCAGGUCCACCAGGAGAUGCUGGAGCACCAGGCCCGAAGGGACCUCCAGGAACUCAUGGCUCUCAAGGAAAACCGGGCAUCAGAUAUCUUGUGGGUGAGCCUGGACCGAUUGGACCACCGGGUCCCCCGGGAGCACCUGGAAAAACUGGAGCACCUGGAGUCGCUGAAGAGGGACCCGAUGGUCUUCCCGGGCCUGCUGGACCACCUGGUAAACCAGGAAUGCCUGGGCCGGUUGGGAAGCCUGGAGCACCUGGGGAAGCUGGUUUACCGGGAAGUGAUGCUGCUUAUUGUCCGUGCCCGAAACGUGAAGCGUUUGUUGAAUCGUCGCAUAUCACUUCGGAAGUUGCGUCGGAUGGUGGAUAUGGUGAUGGAAGUUCGAGUAACUCGAAACGAGAGCAGAAAAUUGAAGAAAUCAAAAGAGUUGAAGAAGAAGAAGGAGAUGGGGAUGCUGGAGAUCUUGAAACUUAUAAUAUUUUCAAAUUCUCAACACUUUGA